GGUCCAGGUGAGUUUCUUAUAAAAGAGUUACGUCGACUUGCGAACGAAAAUUUCAUCGUCGAUCUUUGUGAUCGCAACAUUGAGUGAAAAAUCCUUUUUGCUGACAUGGCUCGUACUAAGCAAACUGCUCGUAAAUCCACCGGUGGCAAAGCUCCACGUAAACAGUUGGCAACUAAAGCUGCUCGGAAAAGCGCACCGGCAACUGGCGGAGUGAAGAAGCCUCAUCGCUACAGGCCUGGAACUGUAGCUCUUCGUGAAAUUCGUCGUUACCAAAAGAGCACUGAACUCCUUAUUCGCAAGUUGCCUUUCCAGCGACUUGUUCGUGAAAUUGCUCAGGAUUUCAAAACCGAUCUCCGUUUCCAGAGCUCUGCUGUCAUGGCUCUUCAAGAAGCCAGUGAAGCUUACCUCGUUGGUCUUUUCGAAGAUACUAACUUGUGCGCCAUCCAUGCCAAGAGAGUGACCAUCAUGCCCAAGGACAUUCAACUCGCUCGUCGUAUCCGAGGCGAACGUGCUUAAUUCAACACCCUUGUCGAUGUAACGGCCCUUUUCAGGGCCAACAAAAAUUAACUAGGCUCUUAUUGCAAAUCUUGACAUCGUCUACUUUUCUUUUUGUAUAUAAGAGGCAUAUUAUACGUGCCUGAUUCACACGAAGCAAAGCACUAUUGUUUCGAAUAAUUUUGUGCAGAUCAAAGAUAUAAAGAAACAGUGGGAACAAUAGUUCGGAAAGUAAUCUCAAAAAGUUGAGUGGAUUAAAACUGCAAUUUUCUAUUUCCAGAAUUCAUUUGUGGGGUUUUCUGUCGAUUGAAAAUAAAUGAAAAAAAAAGAAUUGCAGAAAAAUAUAUGAAAAAAAUUCUUGCACACCGAUACAUGCUCUUCGAUACCUUUAUAAUUUUUUGUCGAGGCAAGCUACGUGAAAAAAGGUCGCUUCCGAUAUAACGUACUGGUCGGAUGUAGAUGAUUUAAUUUGUUUUUUCAUACUACCAGCCGAACGUCAUGAAAACAGCUCUGAUAUAUUUUUCUGAGCCCGUGUCCGGGAUUAUUUGUCGGGCCAGCAUGAAAAAAAUUGUACGAAUGUUUUCUUUCUUCAACGCUUUUUGAUGCGUGUCAAAAUAUCAAUUUCGUGCAUGGUGAUCUCGUGUUAAAUAUAUAACGUACGAUUACCAACAGCCGGUAAACUUUUUUUGAAGUAUCUAAUCUUUUUUGCUGUAUAGACUCGCGCGAAGGAAAGUACGGGGACGGCGGAUAUUUUGUUCUGAGUCUGGUAACUGGUAACAGAUGUAAUUUUGUUUUCCCUUCUCCAUCGUUGUCCACAUCCGCGAUAAAAAUGGGCAAUGGUAUGUGGGGUAUGUGACAUGCCUGGAUGACGGGACUGACGGGAGAUGGCCAUGGGGGAAAGGAAGAAGAAUGGGCAGUGUGUUGAUUGAGCAGGUCGACGGAUACGGAUUCGUGGCGGACAUGAAGAGAUUCCUCGCAGUGACACCCCUUUAUUUUUUUUCGUCUCUCUCUCGAGUGAGAAACGAUCGUGAUUAGUCAGCGAGUGAUUAGAGAUAAUUCACAACUCGGUGUAAUAAAAAAGUUCGUGUAUGUGUGUUAUGUCCCGCAAAAUGAUUGAAAACUAUAUUUGCCAUUUCCUCGCAAGGUUAUCACGUCAUUGAGGUGUAAAUUUUCGUCAUGUGACGAAUAGUGAUAUUAUGGCGUAUUUGUCGAAAUAUUUUAUCUUAAUCAAGAUAUUAUGAUGGGAUCGAGAUUGAG